GAAAUAAUCUUUUAUUGCAGGCGUUUUAUUUUCCUCUUUCAACUUAUCUUUCUUUCUCUGUAUCUCCUUGCCCCCCUAAUGGAGUCUGCUUCAGGUAUGCCGUACGAACCACGAUUGACCUGGCAAAGUCCCGCCACAAGCCCUUUCUACUCAACUUACAUGCUUGGAGGGGAGAGCCCACCACGCCCUUGGGGAUUAUCCAUAGAUCGGAUGAAUACACGGGCUAUCUGGGGCGCGAUCCGAGUGCGAUGGUAGCGUUAGGGGGGAGCCAGUGGCGGGACUGCCAACACCACCAAUGGAUGACCUAUCACAAGAGGGCCUGGAUCGUAACCGGAGCACGGCCAUGAUCCGAACCGCUAAGAAUAAACGCCGAGUGCAGAACAGGGAAGCGCAACGCCGGUUCCGUACUCGCAAGGAUCAGUUGCACAAGACGCUCCAGCAAAAGACGGACGACCUUCGCGCAGAGUGCCAGGCGCUUUGUGAUCAACACGCCAAGAGCAUCGCCGAAGUCUCCCGGCUCCUCAUGGAGAACGAGGCACUGCGCUCCGAGGCCAAGGACCAUCGUCAACAACAGGGCCUGAUGACGACCGUCCUGCAACUGCUCCUCCGAGGCUCCCAGUCACCGUCCAAAGCCGUGGAGGAUGCGGGAUUUUUCGAUGUCCGGAGCUGUUGGGCGGACUUGGUCGAUCUUCCCCCGCCCCACGACUCGGGCUAGUUAUCUACCCUAUGCUUUCAUUUUUGGGCACGGAGGAUAGCCGAUAUCAAUUUUCACACCCACUUUUCGCGAUUGCAUCCCUUGGUCGCUUC